AUGGCCUUUCCUCGCUGGCCUGCCGCAUGGGCGGGCCCCCUUCAGGUGCUCCUGCUGGCCAUCCUGAUCCUGGCCAUGCCAGCCGGCGCAACUGUGGGGCCCGACAUUCACCUCCAACAAACGGCAACGGCCCAUUCCACCCCUGCCGCCGUGUCCUAUUGGGUUUUCGAUCGCGCCUCCCGAGAAACCUCCCUUGUCCAUGAGAUCUCCGCUUUGGGCUUCAGCUCGUCCUUCCUGAGGCGGCAGCUGAGCCUGGACAUUUGGCCUGACACUCGAAUUGGCGGGUACUUCGGCAAUUUUGCCUGGAUGGGUAUCUCCCCGGUGAACCCCCCGGACCCGGAGACCCUGGUCACCCAGGUCUACUCCUCCUCCUCCGGGGCCUUCUCGCUCUUGGGGGAAAGCGCCUCCGGCCUGCAUCUACUUUCCUCCUCGGGGCCCCGUUCGGUUGCGGGCCCCGGGAUCAGGGCCCUGGUGGUGCAUGCCAUCGACCGGGAGUCCGCCUCGGUCUUGGCCCAGGAUGACACAAAGGUGUUCGUGGCUCACUUUGCCUCGAGCGUGACCUUCAUGCUCCUGGAGCCGACCAUCUAUACCCAGACCCCCGAAGCCCAGGGGGCCCUCUUCACGGCCGGCAUCUCCCAGUGGACCUACUUCCACUUCAAGGAUCAAAUCUAUUUCCUGGAUCACCAGUCCCUCAGCGGGGCCGUGGCCUGGCCCAUGCUCUCGGCCUCGGCGGUGGCCCUCUGCAUGACUCGCAUCGAGACGCCUGGCGCCCUCAAGCAAGACCUGGUCAUCCUCCGCGCAGAUCGAAUGCUGCAGGUCCUGCCGGAUGUCAGCGGUGUGCUCUUUGGCAAUUCCUGGUCCAGUGCCAUCCCGGCGGAUAUGAACAUCCAGGGCGGCCACUUCCUGAACCUGAGCCCGGGUGAUGCGCCGGUUGAUGCCCUUGACAAACGGCUGUUCUAUGUCAACCCCCAGGCCAAGCAGCUGUGGCUGAUUGACACGGCCGUCCGGCCGGUGGUCUUCCAUCGUCUCCGCCCGCCGGGCGGCUUUUCCGCCUGGACCCAGCUGCGACUGCUGCGGCUGUCGCUGGACGAUUCGGCCCCCGAGCCCUCGGUUCAGCUGGCCACCGAUGCCUUCCUCUACUACAUGCCGGAGGACUUCCGAUGCGGCCAGGACGCCUCCAUCCGAUGCAGCACGGACGCCCAGCCGGUCCCCGGCAAUGGCUGGACCUGUGCACCCGGGCGCCACCUCUCCCCCUUCCAUCCGUCCGGCGAGAUGUGUGCCGGUUGCGCGGCCGGCUUUUCGGGCUUCGAGUCGCCCGCGGCCGGGCCCGUCACUUGCGCUCGCUGCCCGGACAACUGCAACUCCUGCUCCCGAGACAUGUGCCACACCUGCUCCAACGGCUUCCUGCUCCAGGUGCACCCGUCCUCCGGGAUCGGGUCCUGUGUCAAGACUUGCUCCCCGGGCUUCAUGGCAAACGACGGCAUCUGCACCUCGGUGUCCGGGCGCUCGGCAUACAUGGCCCCGGCCAGCUCGACCGACGUCCAGGUGUCCAACGAGCCGUCCCCCUUCACGGUCGUGGCCCGGACGGCCUUCUUCGCGGAAAGCCCCCUCCAUUUGAUCGAGGUUCGCCAGCCGGCCGACCCGGAUGCCGGGACCUCCGACGUGAUGCCCACCGGCUGGGCCCUGGGCUUCCGGUCUUCCGGACAGGCGGCCUCCCUGCUGGACGUUCGGGAUCCGGCCAGCUCGCCGACCAUCCUGCCGGUCCUGCACGGGCCGCUUGCCAGCGCCAGCGUGUCCUCCUAUGUGGAGCUCGGGCCCUUCCUCCGGGGGGAUACCAUUGUGCUGUUUGGAAUCUACUGCGACUCCCAAAGGGGGCUGCUAUAUGUCGAGGCGUUCUGCACACCGGACCCCGGGCAGGACCGGUGCAGGGUGACAUUCGGCCCCGAGACGUCGAUCGCCACGCCGGUGUGCUCGAGCAUCCGCCAAAUCGGCCCGCGAGCGGCUGUGACAACCUUUUCCAACCUCACCUUCAUGCUUGCCGUCACCUCGGAACAGCGGCUGGAGAUGAGGAACAUCCAAAACAGCGAUGCCCCCCCUGCGCUGGUGUCGCUCUUCCCCUCGGCCCCGAGGCUUCAAGAUUGGCUGCUCAUGGUGGAUCGAAUCAACGGCUUGGUUUCCCUGCAGCCGGUGGAUCUCCUGCUGGCCGGCGACAUUCGCUCGACCCAUCCCCUCGAUCGAGCGGUCGACACCAACGCCGCCAAGCGCGUGCCCCUAAGCCUGCCCACCGGCCGGCCGCAAGCCCCGACGGAGGCUGUCCUGUCUGCGGUGGAGCCCUCCGGGACGGGGGGCUUCCUGUGGCGUGCGCAGGUCCCCCCGCAGAUGGGUGCCGCCCAGGAGCGCACCAUCCGCGCGUCGACCGUCCUUCAAAGCCUGGGCCAGCUGCCGGGCGACCCGGGACCGGCGUACCUCCUUCGAACGGUGUCCUUGAGUGGGGUGCCCGGCCAUCCGAGUGCCCUGCUGCUUUUGACCGGGGAGUUUGUCGGCCUGGCGCCCUUGGCCUGUGUCGGGCCCGUGGAGGCUCCCUGCUGGCUGCAGCCGGCUGUCUUUGCCCCCCUACACCGGCCUUUGACGCUGGAGCAGCUGCGCCAGGCGGUCCUGGUGCCGAGCCUGCCGGCCGAGCCGCCGGCCGCCGCCGCCGCCGCCGCCGCCGCCGCCGCCGCCGCCGCCGCCGCCGCCGCCGCCGCACUCCCCCGCCUCACCCAGUCCCUGAAUGUCCUCCUGCCGAAUUCGGACCCAUCGUCCCUGACCCGGGUGGAGUUUUGGGCGAUUGACUGCCCGGCGGGCUUUUUCCCCCCCAAUUGCGACCCGUGUGACGAGGCGUGCGACGGCUGCUUCGGGCCGGGCCCGUUCAAUUGCGUGGCCUGCCGGUUCUCCCUGCUCGAGACUCCGGAGACAUGCCUGGCCGCCUGCCCGGCCGGCCGCCUGGCCAAUGUGGCGACCCGCACCUGCGACUGCCAUGCGGAUUGCGCCACAUGCGGGCCUGACGGCUCGGGCCGGGAGGGGCACAUUUGCCUGACCUGCCCCCCGGGCCUCGGGCUGCCGGAGGAUGACCCGGCCCCCGAGAGCUGCCUCCCUUGCUCUGCCACCUGCGCGGAGUGCUACCUGGCCGGGCGGCCGGACAUGUGUGCCUACUGCCACCCUGGGGACUUCAUGUACAAUGGGACCUGCUUGCCGGCGUGCCCCGCUUGGACGUGGCUCUUCCCGCCGGCGAACGAGUGUCGGGACUGCCCGCCCGGGUGCGAUGCAUGCACCGGGCCGGCGCACUGCACGACCUGCAUCGACGGCUGGCACAUGGGCCCGAGCGACCUUUGCGAGCCGUGUCACCAGUCGUGUGCCACCUGCUCGGAUGCCGGCACAUGCGACACCUGCCCGCCGGGGUGGGUCUUCCAGUCGACCGAGCCGGCCGUGCCGUCGCCCUGUGUGGACACCUGCCCGGCCGGGGAGUUUGCCGACAGCGGCACUGGUCGGUGCGCCGCGUGCCAUGGCACCUGCUCCGAGUGCAUCACGUCCGCCCUGCAGUGCACGGCCUGUGCCCCGGCACACUAUGGGCUCGGUGGGGCACCCUCCCCCGGGGCUCCUCGUGCUUGCUCUCGCUGCGAGGCCAGCUGCUCCGGCUGCACGGACAUCGCCGCCUGCACCUCCUGCAAUGAGGGCUUCUUCCUGGACGCCGGCGCCUGUGCGCCCUCCUGCCCGGUGGGCACCUGGCCCGACCCCGGUGCCCGGGUGUGUCGGCCUUGCCCGGCCACCUGCACAGCCUGCACCGGGGCCACCAUCUGCACGGCCUGCCCGACCGGCCGCUUCCUUGGAGCGGACAAUGCCUGCCACCCGUGCCAUGCCUCGUGCGGCAGCUGCUCGGAUCCCGGCUCCUGCGAUGUGUGCCAGCCCGGCCAGGUGUUCCUCUCCGCCUUGGCCGACAUUCCCUCGCUGUGUGCUGCCUCCUGUCCGACUGGGCAAUUCCCCGACUUCGGCCUGGGCCGAUGCGCGGCCUGCGCCCCGUCUUGCGUGGCGUGCGCCGGCCCGGCCGACCAAUGCACGGCCUGUGCCCCGAGCCACUUCGGCCAGGGCGGCGCCGCCUCGCCGGAAGCCCCUCGCAACUGUGCCCCCUGUGCUGCUGGCUGCCUGGCGUGCUCCAAUGCGGAAGUCUGCGCCGCCUGCCAGCCGGGGCUCCUCCUGCAUGACGGCGUGUGCGUCGGGGCCUGCCCGCUGGGCAGCUGGGCCGACAUGCCGGGGGCCAAGUGCCACGCCUGCCCCGACGGCUGCACCUCCUGCAUCAGUGCCUCGGAGUGCGGCGGCUGCCAGGCGGACUGGUAUCUCGCCCCGGGUGGCCUGUGUGCCCAGUGCCAUGUGUCCUGCGAUGGGUGCUCGGCGGCCGGAGGCUGCGACGCAUGUCGGCCAGGGCUGCACUUCCUCGAGUCCGAUGAGCUGGCCGCAUCUCUGUGUGGCAGCACCUGCCCGCCCGGGGAGUUGAUCCGGGCCGAUGGGGCCCGCUGCGAAGCGUGCCAUGCCUCCUGUGCCCUGUGCUCCGGGGCUCCGGGGCAGUGCGAGGUGUGUGCACCGGGGUUUGUCAUGCUCCAGCCCGGCACAUGUGGCCCCUGUCCGGAGGCCUGCGACUCGUGCACGGCCAGUGGCUUCUGCCUUUCCUGCGAGGAUGGCGCCUUCCUGAGCCAGGACGGCCGGUGCCUGGCCCAGUGCACGGCCGGCCUAUUCGGGGAGGCUGCCUCCGGCACGUGCCAGCCAUGUGCCCCGGAGUGCAUCGAGUGCAGGGGGCCCACCAGUGCCGAAUGCACCGCCUGCUCGGCCGGGCUGGACGCCCUGCCUGGCGGCCAGGCCGACUUGCUUGCUUGCAGGUCGGCCUGCCCGGAGGGCCUGUACCGCGCCGCCGGGUCGGUCGAGUGUGCCCCCUGCGAUGGGUCCUGCGCGUCUUGCAACGGCCCGACCGACCACGACUGCUGGCUGUGCACGGCCAAUGGCCAGGUGGUGCAGGAUGGCGAGUGCCUGCAGGAGUGCGCCCCGGGGUACACGCCGGUGGGCGGCCGGUGCCUGCCCUGCCAUCCCUCGUGUGACGAGUGUACCGGCACUCGGAGCACCGAGUGCAUCAACUCCUGCCCAUCCGGGCUCCGGGCCCUGCCGGCCGGGGCCACGCCGAUGCGCUGCGUUUCCGGCUGCCCGGUGGGCUUUUCCACCGGGCCGGAUGGCUGCUCCCGGUGCACUUCACACUGCAGCAGCUGCCCCGGCUCGGCCGACACAUGCACCCUGUGCGAACGCGGGUGGCUGCUGCAGACGCCGGAGUGUGUGUCCUCCUGCUCGGCCGGCCACUGGCCGCAGGGCGGCCUCUGCACCACUUGCAGCUCAAUGUGCGCCACGUGCUACGGCCCGGCGGCCGAGCAUUGUCUCACCUGCGGGCCGGAGGCUCCGCACCUGGUGAACGGCCGCUGCCUGGCCGCAUGCCCCGCGCGGACCUUCCAAUCCGGGCAGACGUGCCUUCCUUGCCAUGGGUCUUGCGAGUCGUGUACCGAUGGCGGGGCCCAAUCCUGCACCAAGUGCCCGAGCGAGCGCGCCCUGUCCGAUGGCUAUUGUCUGGGAGAGUGCCCGCUCGGCGAGCAUGCCGCGGACGAGGGCCCGGCCGGCCGGGUGUGUCGGCCUUGCGCCGGCUCCUGCCGGUCCUGCGUCGGCCCCGGCGCGGACCAAUGCCUUGCCUGCUUGCCGGGGCUGCUGCUCGAGGGCGGACGCUGCGUGGCGUCCUGCUCGGCCGGCCAUCUUACCUGCUCAGCGACCACCACGUGCGAUCCCUGUCCCGGGGGUUGUGCCGCCUGCCAGGCGCUGGGCGCCUCAUGCUCGCCCGGCUGCACCGGCUGCGCCGGUGGCCUGUAUUUGUCGCACAAGGACGGCAUGUGCGUCGAGGCCUGCCCGGCGGGGGAAUUCCUGCCAGCCGACACCUCCUCCUGUGGGCUCUGCCAUGGAUCUUGCCAGACGUGCUUCGGUGCGGAGACCAGCUGCACUUCGUGCCCGGACGGGGCGCCUUGGCUGCACACCCAAAACCACGUCUGUGUCUCCGCCUGCCCGGGGGUCGGCUUCGUCGGGGCAAGCUUCCCCGGCUCGACGCCCGGGCAGGUGUGCCUGCCGUGCCCGGCCGGGUGCGAGUCCUGCUCGGCCGACCGGUUGGACCGGCCGUGCGCCAUCUCCCCGGACGGGUCGCUGGCCUGUCCGGCGGUUGCCACCUGCACCGGGUGUGCCUCGCAUCUGCUCCUGCAUGGGGCCCAGUGCGUGGGGACAUGUCCUUCGGAGGGCUUUUUCGAGGACUGGGCUGCGCGGCCUCCCUCCUGUGUGGCUUGCCACCCGGAUUGCGCCGCAUGCACCGGCCCGGGGCCGGAGCAGUGUCAGCGGGGCUCUUCGCGCCGGGGCGCCGGCCUGGCCCUGGGCCUGGGCCUGGGCUUGGGCCUGCUCCUGCUGCUGCUCCUGCUGAUCUUCCUCUUCAUCGCCCUCCGGCGCCACCGGGCCAAGGAUGCCCGGCUGAAGGAGCUCCCGGUCGAGCUGGACGAAAAUGCCACGGUCAUGAAUACCAUGAUGGAGCUUUCGCUGCCGGGCUUCCUCCUGGUCAACUUGGACAUGGAGUUCAUGGUUCUCCCCGUGGACAUGCUUGGGGCCGGGAGCCAGGCCAGUGUCACCGCGGCCAAGCCCAUUGGCAGUGGUACAUUCGAGCGGCUGGGCUGCAGCGACGUGGUGGCCAUCAAGCGCAUCAAGGCGGAACUCGAUGCGCCCACACUGAUGGCCCUCUUCCAAAAUGAGGUGGCCAUCAUGUGGCUGCUGCGCGAUUGCCCGAACAUUGUGCGUCUAAUUGGCUACAGCGAGAGCCCGCUGGCCAUCGUCAUGGAGCGUUUCCAAACCAGCCUCGAGACGCUCCUCCAGUCCGAGGUCCCCUUGCGGCCGGCGGUCCUGAUGGACAUCGUCAUCCAGUGGGCCACCGGCUUGGAGGCCAUGCACGGCCAUGGCGUGGCCCACCGCGACUUGAAGCCGGGUAAUGUGUUCGUCAGCCAGACGGCCGAUUCUUGGCGCGCGGUCCUCGGCGACAUGGGCACCGCCUGCGAUUUGAACAGCAACCGGUCUUCGGUGUUGAUGGGCUCGCCGCAGGCUCUCAAUGCGAUGACCGCGCGCUACGCGGGUCCUGAGGUUCAUGCCGCCUUCGCACGCAACUGCCCCAUGGACCUGGCGCUUCUCCUACCGGCCGAUGUCUUCUCGGCGGGGGUCAUGCUCUGGUCGUGCCUGACUCGCGCUACCCCCUGGCAAGAUAAAAGCAUUCAGCAGGUCAACGCCCUCGUUAGAGAGGGGACCCUCCUGGAUUUGAAGGCCAUUCCAACCGACACGCCUGCCCUUGAGCCCCUUGCUGAGCUUUUGCGGAGUGCCUGGACGGCUGAGCCAGUGGCUCGGCCUUCGGCUGCGGUCUUCCGCCAGACCGUUGCCCAUAUUGCUCAGCCCCUGGUCACACGCGUCGAAGCAGACUAGCGGUCCAUCCCCCGCCCCCGCUCCCGGCAAGCGGGGAGAACGAAGUCGCUUCCGGCGUCGACCACGCCGAGGCAUCCGACAUUGCCCGCCCCCUCCGCGGACAGUUGGCAGUUGGAUCAUCAAGCCCAUCGCGGGACAUCAGCGCCUUUGCACGUGCCCCGUGUUAUGGCAAUAGACAUUUAGCUUUUUGCUGGCCA